AUGGAAAAUGACUUAACAUUUGUUUGUAUUAGUGAUACUCAUUGUUGUAAUAUUCCCUUACCUCCAGGAGAUGUUUUAAUACACUGUGGAGAUUUUACCAAAAGGGGUUAAAAAGAAGAAACACUUUCUUUUAUUGAAUGGUUGAUAAAAUAACCAUUUAAAUAUAAAGUUGUGAUUGCAGGUAAUCACGAUAUAUCAUUGGAUACAGAAAAUUAUAAAUCAAAAUUAAGGGAUUAUCAUCAUAAAGUUUCAAAUUUUAAUGAUGAAGAAUUGCUAUAGAAACUAAAAGAUAAUUGCAUUUAUCUAUUAAAUUCUUCAAUUGUAAUUGAUGGUAUUAAAAUUUGGGGUAGUCCUUAUUCAUUAGAGUUUUGUACUUGGGCAUUUUAAUUAAAGAAUGAAAAUGCUGAAGUAUUUUGGUCUUAAAUAGAAGAAGAUAGUGAUAUAAUUGUUACUCAUGGUCCACCUUUGAAUCAUGGCGAUUUGGUUGAUAAUUGGGGAAAUAAAAAACAUGUUGGAGAUGAAGCAUUAUUAAAAAGAGUAUUAAAAAUUAAACCGAAAUAUCAUCUUUUUGGACACAUUCAUGAAGGAUAUGGAAAAACAGAGUAAGAAGGAGUUAAUUUUAUCAAUUGUAGUCUAGUAAAUAGAAAUUAUAAAGUUGUAAAUGAACCAUUUAUAUUUAAAUUGCCAAAAAAAUAAGUUAUAAUAUGA